UCUUAAGAUUUUCUUGAUCACAAUUUAUUGUCUUUCUCCUUCUUUUUCCUUUGAGUGCUUAAUUAGUAAUCACUAUUAUUCUUCUUUUUUUAAAAAAAAAAAUAGUGAUGGGAUUCCAAAAAUUUAUGUUCUUGGUUUUUGUGUUGUUAAUGAUAUGGAUUGAUUCAUCCCGAGGAUACAAAUUUUCUGUUGGUGGAAAAGAUGGAUGGGUGUUAAAUCCAUCUGAAAGUUAUAAUCAUUGGGCUGAAAGAAAUAGGUUUCAAGUGAACGAUACCCUAUUUUUCAAGUUGAAGAACGGAAAUGACUCGGUUCUUGUAGUUACAAGAGAAAAAUACAACCGAUGCAACGGGAAAAAGCCAAUAAAAACCUUAACUGAAGGGAAAUCAGAGUAUAUUUUUGGAAGAUCAGGGCCACACUACUUCAUUAGUAGCAGUGAAGAUCAUUGUAAAAAAGGGCAAAAACUUGUCAUUGUGGUCCUUGCUGUUAGGCCUAAGAAGCCUAGUCCUUCACCUGCUUCGCCCCCUUCCGCUUCCCCUACGCCAUCAGCUUCAAUCCCAGCUCCGUCUUCAAAAGCCCCUUCGCCGAGCCCGUCGGAUGCUGAUGUUCCAUCCAACAGUCCCAACAAAUCUUUUGUUGUGGGUUUCACUGCUUUCAGAACCAAUUGGCUACUUAGUUUUGUUGUUGGAGUUGGUGUGUUUAUGUUUUGUUUUGGAUAGAUGGUUAAGUUAUUUGCUUUGGUUUAAUUAAGAGCACCUCUUAAUACUAUUAUUUGUGGAGUAAUAAAUUGAAAUGUUUCUCUAUCAAAAACUUAAUUGAGAUUGCAUUGUUUUUACCAUUUCCUCUAUUUUUUUUAAUUGCAUCAUUUUUCUUUAUUGAAAUUUUCUUAUUAAUUACGCAAUUUUUUUUAUUUAGUAUAUUCGCACAUAAAAUAUGCUAAUAAACCAUUGUUCACAUGUGUUAUUAACCAUUAUUACCCUACAUUUUCUCUCUCUCGGUCAUUUCUUUG